UUAGCUAAAUUUGUCAACAGUUCAUUUGUUCCGUCGCCCUUAAAUCAAUCGAUUCCAAGUCGUUUCACACCAAUCUCAUCAACACCGAUCGGUACUCUGAUCGAUGAGUUGUUCAUCGAGUCAUGGCAGAAUUCGUCUAAUUAUUCGAGUUAUUACUCGAUAUGUACACCAUCGAACUGUAAAUACACAUAUGUCGAAAGCAAUGAUUUUGUGCACAUACUGACUACGAUUCUUGGUUUAUAUGGUGGAUUGACUCAAGAGUUGCCUAUCGUUAUUUGGGGCAGUCUGCAGAUGUAUUGGAAGAUUCUUACUGGUGGAUAUAAUGAUAGUUAUUUAAAAGGCGCUGAAUUGUAUAAUCCAUCGACAAAUACUUGGACAACAGUAGGAAAUAUGAAUAUUGCACGAAAGGGACAUACAGCAUAUCGGCAUGACCAGCGUUACGGAAUUUCAGUUUGA